AUGGCGACCCUGGUCUUUAUCUCUAUGAUGGUCAACCUCGACGGCACCGUCAUUGUCACUGCCUUUAUUCAAUCUCCCCUCACAGAACUACAGUCCGGCAUCACAAACCUGGACUUCCACGAAAACAACAACUUUGCAGCUCUUGAUCGGGUCUUUCAGCUGCCACUUGUCUAUGGUGCCACACUUGUGGAAGCAACACGAAGGUCCAAGGGAGCUGAGCGGAUGCGGGUAGAGGUCGACGUUUUCUCUGAAGAUCUUUUCCAGGAGACGGAGCAAGAGCAAGGAAGGCGAAAGAAAUGGACGGCUUCGCAUAGCGACUUCUCGAAUGAGGAUAUGAAUACCAAAGAUGCACUCAUCGAUCUGAAAGCGACUGACUCACGAAAUUCCUGGGCAUUCGUGAGCAGGGACGAGAUAUUCACCUGGGUUGACAACCUGAGGGCGCUCGGUAUCAACGAUACAGUGCAGUCAGUCAUUCAGCGAAGGAAAGCUCUGGAUGCCCCAGUCCGCAAGCAGAAGACGAAGCCAUUCAAGAACGGGAGUAUCCACAAUCUCAGUCAGAGAGCUGCUCUCCGCGGCGGGGACGAAGUCAGAUGUCUACAGGACGAGAAAGAAAGACGAGUGUGGAAGCUGGAAGACCUCCUCCGCCGUCAAAGCCAACUCAGCCGGCCUGCCAGCGGGACUUUCCAGCACAUGGUAUGCGUCAGCGAUUUAGAAUCUUGGAUGGCCUCCUACCACCCGCCCUGGGACCGACGGAAAGGACACGUGUUCAUGAAGACCAUGACGAGAUCCCACAUUUUCCUUCCCGGACGUGCCUCCCGAUCUCCAAAAGGUAAAAGAAAAGCACUAAACCUAGGACACUUGUUGAAAUGGAAAAAGGAUGAAGACGGAACCUUCUUUUGCAGGGGCGACUUCCACUCGACGUGGAACAGGAGGUACGUGGUCGACAGGACUCAGGGUCUCAUUAUCGUCCUCGAAAUCUAA